AUGCCGUCGGUGCCCCCCAUCGCCGCCUCGUCCCACCACCACCUCGCCGGCGCCACCUCCCCACCGGACCGCCUCGUCACCUCCCCAACCCCGCGUCUGGUUCCAGCCUCCGUCGCCGCUGACGCAGCGCCCGAGCGCCCUGACGCCGACGUCGUUCGCCAUCGUCGGCGCCACCCACGUCGCCUCCCCGUCCUCCUUCUCGAGCCCGCUGCCAUCCCCUUCCGGCUCACUGUGAGCCCCGCACCCUCCUUUUUCCCCUGUGCUCCGGCCUCCCCUCCCCUAGCUCGUUCGCCACUGUCACCGGCGCUCGUCGCCGCGCUCGACCACAGUCGUCGCGCUCCCGCCCUUGGCCGCGUGCCUUGCCGCGCCGAGAUGUGCAACCCCGCGUCCCGGGCGCCUCCCCUGGCCUACUGGCUCCAGCCGCCGCCCCCCCUUUCUGCUGCUGCCGCCGCGCGUGCCCACACGGGCUGCGUCGCAGUCCCGUUGCACCAAAGCCGCACGUGCACCCCGCGCGUGCCUCGCGAGCCCUCGUCGGCGACGAGCCUGCUCACCCAAGCCGCUACCCGCCGACCUGCCGCUGCGCCCGCUCCGCCUCCGUCGCCGCUGACGCAGCGCCCGAGCGCCCUGACGCCGACGUCGUUCGCCAUCGUCGGCGCCACCCACGUCGCCUCCCCGUCCUCCUUCUCGAGCCCGCUGCCAUCCCCUUCCGGCUCACUGUGA